AUGCCCGCCAACUCAGCUGGCAAGGAAGAAGAUGCUGAUAGAGAACGGCAGGAGGAGCAGGCCUCCGCCUCAGGACGCCCUGCCUGCUUCAGCAGCACCGUCCAGGAAUGUCUGUUCGUGCUGACGGCCACUAUGGCCAUCGGCCAGAAUUCCUUCUACACCGGUUCCAUCACCGGCGUCACCGCGUCCAUCGGCCGGGAUCUCAACAUGAACUCGGCGGAGAUCACCUGGAUCAACGCGGGUGCUGCGUGUGUACCUCUCUUUCUUUAUCAAGAUACAGUACGAUUUAUGUUUGUCGCUGGCAUGGCGGGCUUCACGCUCGCGCUGGUGGUCGCCGGCUUCGCGACGUCGGCCAUCUACAUGGACGUCUUCUCCGGCAUUCUGGGGCUGUUCUCCGCCGCCGUCGUGCCCCCUGCCGUAGGUGCGCUGGGCGUCGUGUACGAGAAGCCGUCGAAAAGGAAGAACCGCGCCUUUGCGUGUUUCAGCGCUGGCAAUCCUCUGGGCUUCGUCGGCGGGAUGAUCAUCUCGGGGAUUGCGGACCAUGUGGCCAACUGGCGGGCCACGUUCUGGGCGUUGGCGGUUCUCUAUGCCAUCUUCACCCUCUUGACCGUCUGGACGGUCCCAAAUGAUCCGCCAGACGGCACGGCGCCGUGGAACUGGGAAUCUUUCAAAAAGUGUGACCUUCCGGGCAUGCUGCUCGUCGUGACGGGAGUGUCUUUUUUCUCCAGUGCUUUAUCGCUUGCCGGUGAUGCGCCUGAUGGGUGGAGGACCGGCUAUGUGAUUGCACUGCUCAUCCUGGGCAUUGUUGCCAUGGCCGGCUUUCUCUACUGGCAGUCAGUAGCUGCGUAUCCAUUGAUGCCGCUGUACGUGUGGCGCGACCGAAACUUCUCGCUGCUCAUGCUCAUGCUCUGCCUCGGAUUCAUGGGGUUCAUGUCCGCUUCGUUCUGGCUGUCGCUGUAUCUGCAGGAGAUCAAGCACUCGUCUGCCAUCGAAGUCGCCGCGCAGCUGCUGCCGAUGGUCAUCAAUGGGAUUCUGGUCAAUAUCGUCUGCGGCCUGGUCCUGCACAAGGUCAGCAACAAGCUUCUCAUGCUGAUCGCCACGACGGGCUAUACGGCGUCCUUUCUCAUCCUUAGCUUCAUGAAGGAGGAGAGGCACUCGUAUUGGGCGUUUAUCUUCCCAGCCCUGAUUCUGGUCGUUGUGGGGGCUGACAUUGAGUUCAACGUGGCUAACAUGUACGUCAUGUCCUCGCUCCCCCCAUCCGACCAAUCCCUGGCAGGCGGCAUUUUCAACACCGUGACCAAGCUCUGCAACAACAUCAGUCUGGGGAUCAGCACGGCGGUGUACAACGCCGUCCGAGAUCAGAACUCGGGAAAUGCUAUUCGGCCGUAUCUUGCGACCUUUUGGUUUUCGGCCGUCAUCGCCGGCCUGUCGAUGUUUAUGGUGCCGUUCCUGAAGUUGGGGACGCAGGGUGGGGGUGAAAAGGGGGAGUUGUCUGAUGAGGCGGACGUUGAGGAACGGACGACUGCAGAAAAAGUGUCGAUUUAA